AUGAAUGGAACCAUGGAUCGUUGUGCAUCUCCUGUGUUUGAGACCAACAGCUCUACUGAUGUUGAUCUGGAGUUAAUGUCCUCUAAUGAAAGGGAAUCUCAGCUUUCAUCAUUAUUCGGGAGCCGUUCUCCAUCGACAGUGGGUGAAAAUGACAUUGGCCAUUUUGCAGACAUUGCUAUCAACAACGGCUUCGACUUCAGCAUGGACUUUGCAUCGCUCGAAAGCUUUAAAUUGACUGCCGAUGAGCUUGAAGGCAUUGAUGAUAUUCUUGAACAAAUGCCAAAUGCCCCUCCCGACGUUUUUCCCAAGCUUCCUCCUUCCAAGAGAACCAUCGACCUUACACUCGAGGGAGAUGACCAUCAAUUUUCAGAAGCUCUCCCGGCUCCCAAGAAACGGGCCCUUUAUGCAACACAUGCACCCUCAGUUGUGGUUAACACCCCCGCGACCAUGAAGUCAUCUGCUUCCAUAUCAUCUCGCGCCAUGCCUGCAGUCUCACAAGUAGCCCAACCUCCCCUCGUCAUGCCUACAGGCCCAGGCGCGGCUCAACCCCCACUGAGUAUGAAGCCGCCGCCUCCUUCCAUUUCCUCCCAUGUUAUGCCUACAGUCUCAUCUCCGACCCCGGCUAGCAUGAAUUCGAAGGACAAGUUUGAGAUUGAUCCAACUCACAUGGCGCAGCAUUUCGCCAAUGAGGUGACCUCAACUUUCCCGCCCAACACUGACGAUCUGUCGCCUUACCAAUCGGUUGGAUACAACCCUUCGACCCCAGCAAUGCAUCCGAAAGUGGUCAAACUCAGCAACGAAACAAUGGAAAACCGUGUGAAUCUGGCCAAACAACGUUCGGCUGCUCUCACAGCCGAUCGCAACAAGCUCCAAAAGGGUUUGCUUCAGUAUACCCAGAUUGAUCCAGUUACCGGUCUGCUGGGUAUUGACAAAAUGAAAUCCGAAAUGGCAACCAUGCGGCGCCUCCUGACACUUGCAAAGAAUAGAGAGUCCACUGAGAGUCAAAUCUGGAAAUCCAGAUGUGCAAUGCUUGCCGAAGAAUACAGAAAACUUGCUCACAGGCAUGAUGCUCUGCGACGUCAGUAUGAACCGUCGGCUCCGUUUUAUGCGACACCUGCCUACCCAUUCGCUUUACAUCAGCAAGCAGCAGACAUCAACCAGCCAGUUCCUCACCAAGCAAACACCAAUCCACCAACUUCUCGCCACCAAGUGAUCGAUUUGACCAUGGAAACCAACACACAGCCCGUGAGUGCCCAAGGAACCCGCUCACCAGGAACCCAUUCCCGGAAGGAAAGCUCCUCCCAGGGAAACAAUUCUUUCCAGGAAAACAGCUUUCAGCCCAAGAAUAACUCGCUAACCGACUUUCACCGUCAAUUCAGGAACAAGAAAAUGGAUUGGCUUCAGAGCUCUGAGACCGCCAGUGAUGUGAAGACACGCGUUUUCGAGCAGAUGAGCCCCCCUAAGAGAGGCUCUUUCGACAAGGUCUCUCUUUCCGAUUGCUCCAAGAUUGCCAAAUCUAACAAUGGAGUUCGACUUGCUCUGGGAGGGCAAUUCAGAACGGCCGUGAUGGCCGAAGAAUCCGAAAUUUACGAGCCCACGAAUGAAGAACUCGCAAGCAUGAUUGAGGACGAGCUGUGCAAGCUAGGGUAG